GUUUGUUAUCCAAUCGAAUUCACGAAGAAUGUUAACCGGUCUCGAUCGCAUUCUUUAGGGUCAAAGUCACCCGGUCGACUAUUCAAUAUUAACCGCUUGCUUUUUUUCACCGGACUUGUGUGCUCUCCGGCGACCGGGGAAAAGCUGCAUCACUAAGCGAACUUAUAGCUGAGAAAGAAAGGCAAGGGAUAGGGGUGAUUGAAACUCUGAAGGGAUUAGAUGGGAAGCAGCAACAGAAGCGGAGAACAAAAGAAGCAAAUGGCAGAACUUAGCAAAAACCUUAAAGAAGGUGAGAGGAUCCUGGAGCCUACACGUAGACCUGAUGGUACUCUCAGGAAACCCAUCCGGAUUCGCGCUGGACAUGUUCCAGAAGAUGAAGUUGUCAUUUAUCAAUCCAAAGGUUCUUUGAUGAAGAAGGAGAUGGCCUCACAAGGACCUCCAGGUUAUGAACCUGAUCCAACUCCCAAACCAAAGACUAAAGCUGCUAAGAGGAACGAACGUAAGAAAGAGAAGAGAUUACAGGCUGCUGCAGAAAAAGGUAACAGCUCUGAGGAUGGAUCAGCUAGUAAUGUUGACAAGGAAGAGACUGUUCCCAUUGUGACUUCAAGCAAUGAACAACAGUCUGUGAAUGCAUUGGUUUCUAGUUUGGAUGCUUUGAAAGUUUCUUCAAAUAAUGAUGUACCGUCUCGUACUUCAAACCUUGGUGAAGCACACAAUCCAGGAACUGCAGGAGAAGACAUUGAGAAAAGGAUACGUGCACUCAAGAAGAAAAUCCGACUCACAGAAGCGCAACAGCAGAAGACUGCUCCCAAAGACCUAAAGCCGGAGCAACUGGAGAAGUUCUCCAAGUUGGAGGAAUGGAGGCAAGAACUCAAGGCUUUGGAGGUUAAGGAAGCUUAGCUUUCUGCUGCAUCUGACAUGAGUUGUCUAGCUUUCAGACAGGUUGUAGCUUUUUUCAUGAAAUUGCUAGAACCAGUCCAAAUUUGUAUGACUUGUUAAUGAACUUUGGCUCAGUGCCUAAGUUCUCAUGGAAAUUGAUGACACUUUGUGUGUUGAUGUUUGGUCUGCACCUAAAGCAUGUACUUACAACUAGAUUCAUGAAUCAAUCAAACAGAAAAAAACAUUUAGGGUA